AUGCAAGAAAUUUCUGAGAGCAUUACAAAAAUUAUUUACAAGCCUCCAUCUUAAUAACUUAACAGUGAAGAAAAGGUUCAAACUAUCAAAUUUGAUGAUGGCUUCGAAGACAAAACUAAAACUGAGAAUACUAUCCAAUUGUCACACGCCCUUUUGAAAUCAUCUAAUCCGGAUGCCUAAAAUUUACAAAAUUACUAUGAUUAAGAUCUGAAGAUAAUAGAUUAAGAAUAAACAAAUUUGUUUCAGGUACUAAAAACGCAGAUCCCUCACCAAGAACUCAAAAUUAUCAAAAAAAAUUAAGUUAAAAUGCCUGCUUAAAAUGUUACUAAAAAGAUCUAACAUUAGUAGAUCAAUGUAAAUAAAUAGUAUUCAUUUUCUCCACCUCUCCACUCUAAUUCAAAUGCCUUCAGUUAAACAUAGAAAAGUCAAACAUCAAAACUAUAAGUUAAUCCAUAAGAGAUAUACUAUAAAGUAUCAAGCGGGAAUACAAAUAAAACUCCACCAUAGCCAGAUAGUCAGAAAUCAAAAAAGAUUGAUAAUCCUCUUAAUUCUGCUCCAAAUUGUGAACCAAGUGAAAUAUAUAAGGCAAUGCCGAAUUCAGAGAAAAAAUCUAUAAGAUCAAUCAUUAGUAGCAUUUAGAAUUCAAAGCAAUCCAACAUGAAGCUUUUUAAAGACUAAAUAUAAUUUAUCUAGAACCAUUAACCCAAUAUGUCCAGAAGCUCAUCUAACUCUUCAUAAUUAAUGAAAAGUCUUUCAGUCUCAAGCUUUCAUGCAGCCUUGCAGAUUCAUCAGCAUCAUUAAUCUCAAGCUUAAGACAAAUCCUAAAUUAAUGGACCUUCAUCUAGAGGUUAGAAUGAUAAGACUGAGAUUCUUAAACUUCAGCUGAAACCUCAUGCAUAAAGCAGUACAGAUAAUACAAAGUACAUGCCAAGUGAAAUCUAUCAAAAUGUAUCUGGAAGGCUGAUAAACAGUCCAAAGAAAAUGCAUUCACAAAUAAAUUGCUCCUCAACUCUCCCUCCUGUUAAUAGAAAACAAAUUGUAACAACUAGUGAAUCAAGCAUGAGUCCACUUUCUAAAACAAAGAAAAUCAGCUCUCCAGCAUUUGAAUAAAUCAAGCUUAAUUAGAUGAAUAACUCUUCUGAAACAAGAGAAAAGCAGAUCAAUGCUUCCUCAAUACAUAAAUCAUUUAUAAGUCAACUUUCCAAAAGAAAUUCAGUUAAUCCUCAUGAUAGUCACUCCUUCAAAAGUAAUAGCCCUGGUCUCCCUAGUCCUAUGAAAUAAAACACACUUACAAGACUGCCAAUGACUAAUUAAACUAGACAUAGGCCCGACCAUAGCUCGCCUAGUAAAAUUCUAUCAAGCAGCUUUCAAAUAAUGAAUACCUCUCGUAUUUAAUAAUCCAAAGAUGAAGUAAAUUUGUUUGGAGCAGCAGAAAAGCUAGAGAUUGAAUUGAUUGAUAACAUCAAUGAGAAUUCAAAAGAAAGUCUCAACAAAGAUUCAAGUUCUAUAUCAUUUGAUAAGCUAACGAACAAUAUUAAUGAUGUUAAUGUCUUGAGCUUUGAUAAUGAUUCAUAUAAGCCCAAAGAAUAAAACACUCAGUUACUUAAAAGUUAGAUAUUAAAUGCUCAGAAAAGAAUACCAGAGGAUUUCACAGAGACUCUUAGAUAGGUUACUAACAAUAAUCAUGCUCAAGAGUUUCAUAGAUAUUGCUUUUAAACCUUAUUAAAAAAGAAAAACAGGAAAAUCAGAAAUAUCUAUUAAUAAAAUAUUCCAGUAUAUCAGAGGUAGCCCUCUAUGAGUGAAAAAACAUUUGACACUUAGAGUUAAUCUUCUAAAUAAAGCAAUAAUGCUUCCAAAAGUAAGGAUUUAGGAUCACUAUACAGAUCUAUGAUACAAGAUAUAAAGAUAUUUGACCCAUUUGAAGUUGAUACCAUCAUUGAUUAAGCCCAACAAGAUUAAUUUCCAAUAGUCUCAGCAAAGGCUUGGGCUAUAUCUGAAACGAAGAAAGGUGUUAUCAUGCAUGGAAAAGAUUAAACAUUUUAAAGAGAAAUGGCUAGCUUAACGAAAAUAAUGACUGCUUAUACUAUUUGCAGACUAUUAAAUGAACUUAACAUAAACAAUCCAAGAAAUGUAUAUUUAAGAGUAUCAAAGAAAGCAGCCUUUAUGACAGGUACUACAGCUUUUUUAAAAGUAGAUUAAAGAAUAAAUGUGUAUGACUGUCUACACGCUUUACUCUUACCAUCUGGCAAUGAUGCUGCUAUCGUUUUAGCAACAGCCUUUGGGAAAUGGCUCUAUUUUGCUAAUGAAAAACAGAAAAAAUAAAUCAAUGGUAAUCCUGUGCCAUAAGUAUCCGAAUUGAAUUAAAACUAAGGGGUUCCUUUAGUAAGCUUUGAAUAUGGGCACGAUGAGUACAUUCAAGCCUUUGUGUAAGAAAUGAAUAAGCAAGCGAAAAAGCUGAAACUAGAUAAACCUAAUUUUUCGAAUCCCCAUGGUUUAUCUGAAAAAGCAAAUCAUGCUAGUCCUUCAGAUAUAUGUAUUAUUACAGCAAAUGCAAUGAAAUAUGAUCUUUUUAAAGAAAUAGUCGGAAGAAAGUAAUAUGAAUGCAUCGUGAUAUCUAAAUUUGGAGAUCCAGUUAAUUAUCAGUGGACUAAUUCAAACAAACUAUUAAACUCAUACUUUCAAGGCGUAAAGACUGGUAUUACGCCUACUGCAGGACCGUGUCUGUGCUGUGACUUUAGCUAUAUGGAUUUUAGUGCAAUUGCUUGUAUCAUGGAUGCUAAAAAUGUGGACAUUAGAUGGAAAGAAAUGGCAACAUUGAUGCUAUGGGCACUUGAUAAGCAUAUUAAAAGAGCAUAUAUGAAUAACUUAUUCGCACCGGUAAAUUACAUAAACUCGGGAAAGAAAAUGAUUUAAAAAUGA